AAACUGUCAACAAGUUUAUUGUGAAAAUGGCGACUACUGGAGUUGGUUUCCGAUGGUUAGAUAUAUUAGAAAAGGAAUUUGAUAAAGCAUGUGUGGAAUUAGACACUUCUAUAGUGGACUUGGAUUCAGAGGAAUCAGAGUCAGUGUUUGCGGCGCGUCAGAAGAUUGCUACACUCAGCUCAUGUUUUGCACAACUUACGCACAAGGCCCUUACAAUAUUUCAGAACAGUGCAAAACUUGAGGCGGAGCUGGUGGACAUGAGGGCGGAGCUCGUUCAGGCGCGGGCCGCCUCGGCCGGUUUAGCGGACGGCGACGACACGGCGGGCAGCGUAUCAGACGCAUCCCGCGCUCGCGCCGAAGCCGCGCAACUCGCGCGAGAGAACGCAGCGCUGCGUGAGACCGUGCUCGCGCUACAUUCAGAACUCUUCGGCGCCAGACUGGCGACAAAAUACCUGGACAAGGAGUUGGCGGGGCGGAUACAGCAACUGCAGCUACUCGGCAGGGACAUGCGUGCAGAAGUACGGGACUCGCUUUGGGCUCAGGUAGAGGCGGAGAUCCUGCUGCAGCGGCACAAGACACUGGUGCGCGUGUGCCGCGGGCUGGCGCCGUGCCCCGCGCGGCCCGCGCGCUCGCCGCGCCCGCCGCGCCCGCGCACCGUGCGCGUGCGCCGCUCGCCGCACCUCGGGCUCGGCAUCUCCGUCACGGGUGGGCGGGAGCACGGCGUUCCUAUCUUGAUCUCGGAGCUGGAGGCGGGCGGGCCGGCCGCGCUCACCGGCGAACUGUACGUGGGCGACGCCAUCCUGGCCAUCGACGACCGGGACCUGACGCAGGCGUGCCACAAGGAGGCAGUGGCGGCGCUGCAGAGCGUGAAGGGCGACUGCGCGCUGUGCGUGCACUUCAUCGCGGCCGACGACGACGACCGCCUCUCCGACGACAACUACCGGUUUCCCCUGUACCCCGAGUACCCCGAGUACCCGGCGGACGAGGAGGGGUUCGGCGCGGAGGGCGACGGCUCCGGCGCCACGCCCACCGCGCCCAGGACCCCGGACUAUGAUAGGCCUCACUCCGCGGCCGGCUCGACAGACUCGCGCUCGCCGCGGCCGCACUACCCCGAGUACAACAACAUCAACAACAACUUGUCCAUACUCGACAUGGACGACGACAGCAUCCGCAUCUCGUCCGGCUUGGGGCCGACGCGGCUGGGGCGCGGGCCGGGGCGCGGCUACGGCGCGCUGCCCGCCUCCGCCGCCGCCGCCGCCGCCGCCGCCGCGAGCGCGUCCGCCGACUCCACGCCCGUGCACCAGCGCCGCCAGCCCACCAAGAAGAAACGCAAGCCCCAGGACUGGCGCACUAAAGGAGCUUACCACACGGUGGACGACGCGCAGUCGUCGGACGAGAAGCCGGAGCCCCCGCCUGCGCGCGACACCAACGGCGCCGAAACUAAGAAGCGGGACGCGAAGCCAUUCCGGAUAGGUUCCGCGCGGCGCGUGGAGGCGCUCGUGAACGGCGCGGGCGCGCGGCCUCGGGCGCUGCCGCCGCCGCUGCCGGGUGCGGGUGCGGGUGCGGGUGCGGGUGCGGGUGCGGGUGCGGGUACGGGUACGGGUGCGGGUACGGGUACGGGUGCGGGUGCGAGCGCGGGGCUUGCGGGCGACGGCGACCCCGACUUCGGCACGCCCGUCUGAACUGCCCGCCGCCGCCGACGCACCCGCAUACUAUAGGAAGAUCUUUCUUUUGACGGUGGUUUCUGGCAGUUCUGCUUGACGCGCGUUUCCUUGUGUUCUGAUAAAUCGACUGCGUCAGUAGUAUAGUUGACGAAAUAUAAUUUGCGCCGAUUAAUUAAAAUAACGAUAAAAAAUGUAAAGAAGAAAAAAGUUUUGUGGGAAUGAAUUGGUUACCAAACUAUAUUUUAUUUGUUGUAUUUCCCCGCUGCCAGGUUGGCUCCAACUAUAGUUUUACAAGGCGCAUUAAACGAGAUUGUGAAACCACACUGAUGCCGUAUUGUUUUCGGUGCUUCGUUUCGUGAUUCUUACGUUUCUUACGUUACGUUACGUUAGCUCCAUAGAACUGUUCAACUUAAGAAAUAAGAGUUUUAACUUAUAAAAAAUAAUCUUAUGGGAAGUAAACCGAGUGAUCCCUACGCUAGAUUGGGUAUAUUUUCAGUUUUAGAAGAUUUUUGUACUGCCGAAAGUGCCGAGUGACGAGGCCGACGGUCGACCAAAAAUACUAAGCCUUACGUGAACCUGGCGCCAUCUAAUGUGGCUAAUUCAAAUUGGCCCAUUUAGUUAACGAUUUAGUAAUAAUUCCAUAGAUAUACUAGAUAACCUCACCACGAUCGGUGGUGCCACAAAUCUGUAGAAUACUUCCAUAUAAAAUCAAUCACAUUGUAUUUCUAAAGCACGCAAUUUCACAGCGUGACAAAAAUGCAAACCAAGCAGUACUUCACUGCCCAGUAACAAGUGUGUAUUUCUUCAAAGAUAAAUAAUUAGAAACAUAUUUUAAGCUAAAGCCUACUGCAAUAAAGAUUGAUGUUAUACGGCCUUAUCGAUAUAUCGAUCGACCAGUCGGCAACGUUGGCGGUACAUCGCGUACAAAGGGAAUGUACUUACAAUCAUAAGCAACUUGAUCAUAUCGUAACAUUAAUUCGAGCGAGUCACUGCCAUACCAAUAUUAAGAUUUCAGUGUAACCUACCGUUUUAAGGAAAUGCGCAAUAAUUAACUUUCUCAAUAUGCUUCACUUUGAUAGUAAACUCUGUAUCAUAUUUGAGUUUUUAUAUGUUUUCCGAGCAAAGCUCCCAGAUAUUAGCUCAUUAUUGUCAAUAAAUUUUACAAAGGAGGAUGUUUCUUAGUUUUAAACUUUGUUGUAUUUUUACUAGCCGAUGGGUUUUGCGAUGUUCCAGGUACAUUUCAAAACAUUUUAUUUUAAGUUUAAUUUGAGAUUCUAAUGCAUUCUUCAGACCAAUGUUCACAGAUUGUUCUGAAUUUAAGUUUUAUCUGUUUCCCUGUUUAACAUUGCUCAUUUAUAAUGAAACCUUGUGAUCUCUUUCUCCUUAGCUGACGUCUAGUACACUAGUUAUGUUCAUCUGAACACAUCUUACAACAACCUCCUGUUUAAGCCUAGAUGAUGUCCUUGUAGGUUAGUGAUAUUAAAUUGAGAUCACUUUUAUACUGACUCGCCUUGUUAUGCUACGCGCGGUACCUACAUAUCAUGCAGGGCAUCUUUCCUACUUCUAGGGGUUCAUUGCAAGAAAUUGAAAAGCUAGUCUCCUUCUCAAUUCUCAAAGCAUGGUUAUAACUUGCGAUCAACUCUAGUAUUUUGCGACUCGUAAUAUUAUAUAAUACUUUUCGAAUAAAUUAGUCGUAUAAAAUAGUUUUGACGUAUGUUUUGCACAAAGAGUAGACUGCAGUGCUGCGCGCGGUCCGAACGCGUUCUAAUUUAUUUGUAUAAUGAGUUAUAUAUUAUCUAUGAAAUUGAUCUCCUUUUUUCGAUAUAACGUUUUUAUUUAAGAAUAUUUACAUAUUUUAUGAGUUUAUUUAAGUGUAUAUAGAAUUAGGAAGUAAGUUUUAUUACAAAUUGUACCUAUUCCACAAUCUAAAUAAUUUUAGGACAUUGUUUUACUGUAAGUAUAUAAUUAUUUUUAGUGGUUUUCUGGUUUCGUCUUAAACGCCAUAGCUUUUUUUGUAUUGAGAUGAAAGCAUAAUAUACUUAUUAAGAACAUAUCAUGUACCAUUGUUUAAAUUUACAAAAAAAACGCAGAAGAGAAGCCUCGGUGGCACGACGUCGUUGACAUAUACUAUUUGUGACUGUCGUACGUAGCUUAAAGAACUUGCCAAAAGGAGACGUAGGUAUCUAUAUGUUUCGUGGGGCAUAAGUAAACGACAUCGUGCCAACCCUUCAGUUAGUGUUAAGCUACAAACUAACAAAGAAAAAAGGCCACUAAAAUGAAACAGAUCUACCUGCAAUAACCAUUUAUUUUUUAUCAUAAUAUAUGAAUAUACCAAUGUGUUUUUCGAAACUUAUGUACGAAACAUCAUUUGAUAUUUAUACCAGUCGCUUUUUGGUGAAGGAAAACAUCGUGAGGAAACCGGACUAAUCCCAACAAGGCCUAGUUUCCUUCCCCUCUGGGUUGAAAUGUCAGAUGGCAGUCGCUUUCGUAAAAACUAGUGCCUACGCCAAUUCUUGGGAUUAGUUGCCAAGCGGACCCCAGGCUCCCAUGAGCCGUGGCAAAAAUGCCGGGACAACGCGAGGAAGAUGAUGAUAAUAUAUGAAUAUAUGAUUUCGUGUAAGGUAGACAUACUGCAGUAGUACCUACAUUCCAUGCGCUCGCGCUGCAUUCCUAUAAGUUCCCGCUAAAGAGGGACUACCGUGAACAUCGAUUUUUAAAAAUGUUUUUUCUUUAUCUCUAUCGAUCUUGCUGUAUUUAAAGCCUAGUUCGGACUAUGUUAGGAAUUUAGUCGAGUGGCGAACUAAGUAACAGAGAUGGCGAUACACUAAAUUCGAUGUUCACGAAGGUCCCAGCUCCGGAUGUAAAUGUUUACGGACAAUACGCCUAUGUAUUCUGUAUUAAUUUUGUAAUAAAAUGAUA